AUGGGAGAUUCCGAGGAUUCCGGGAAUAAAAUUCAAUUUAAAAAAAAAGCUCGCAAAUCAUUAAGGAAACGACAAGUGCUUUCAGAUGAUGAAGAUAGUGGUAAUGAGGAUUUAUCGGUCAGAAAUAAGGUAGAAGAAAUGAAGACAAUACAGAAACUACGACAACGACCCAAUGGUGUUAAUAUUGUAGGACUCGCUCUUGGAGAAAAAGUGACAACUGAUGUACUGAAUACGGAUCCAUUCAAUGUGAAAGCCGGAGGAAUGGUUAAUAUGGCUGCACUAAAAAAUGUUAAGCUUCAGCAAGAUGAUGCCUAUGACACUGGAAUUGGAACCCAAUUCAAUGCAGAAACUAAUAAACGAGAUGAAGAUGAAGAGAUGGUGAAAUAUAUCGAAGAACAACUAACAAAAAGGAAAAAUAAAAAUAAUGGAGAAGAAGAAAGCAAUACGGGUAAUGAGAAGGGAGUUUAUUGCUCUCCUGAAGAAGCAGCAUUACAAGCGGUACCAGAACAUUUGAGACAAAGUUCUGCCCAUAGAAGUGAAGAAAUGCUGUCCAAUCAAAUGCUGUCUGGCAUUCCGGAAGUGGAUCUAGGAAUAGAGGCGAAAAUACGUAACAUCGAAGCUACAGAAGAAGCCAAAUUAAGAUUACUUUGGGACAGGCAUAGAAAAAAAGACGGUCCAUCUCAAUUCGUGCCAACUAAUAUGGCUGUAAAUUUUGUACAACAUAAUCGCUUUAACAUCGAGGAUGCAGAUGUGCAGAAAGGGAAGCAGGACUCUGGCGAGGGAAAGAAGAUGCCAGCUCCAAGAGAAGACAUGAAAGGGAAACGGAAAGACAAUGGAGAAAAAGCAACGGAUGAUUACCAUUACGAAAGGUUUAAAAAACAAUUUAGAAGGUUCUAAAACUUUCUUUCGUAUGCCGAUGGAUUUGUAAAAUAUGAUUAAAAGUUAUUAUUAAGAAAAUAUACCACUAAGACUUAA